AUUUGAUAUUUUUUGGUAUUGUUGUAUUUGAUUCAGUUCAAAGAUUGUAAAUUUAUAUGAUCAUAAGCAAUUCAAAGAUUCUCUUUUUCUUAUUUACGCUACUUCUUUCAUCAAUCUUUGGUUUAGAUUCGAUUUGUCUCUCUUCCGUGUUAGCUUCUACGGUGGCUAUGGCGGCUCCGGGAUCGGUUCAGAAAGGAGAUGAAGAGUGGCGUGCGGUUCUUUCUCCUGAGCAGUUUAGGAUCCUUCGUCAAAAGGGCACUGAAUAUCCAGGCACUGGAGAAUACGUUAAUUUCGACAAAGAAGGAAUUUACGGUUGUGCGGGAUGCAAAGCUCCUCUUUACAAAUCCACCACAAAGUUCAACGCUGGUUGUGGCUGGCCAGCAUUCUUUGACGCAAUCCCCGGUGCCAUUACCCGAACAGUAGAUGCAGAUGGGAGACGAACAGAGAUCAACUGUGCAGCAUGUGGAGGACAUCUUGGUCAUGUCUUCAAAGGAGAAGGUUUCGGUACUCCUACCGAUGAACGCCAUUGCGUAAACAGCGUUUCGCUUAAGUUCACACCCGAAAAGUCUUCCUUGUGAAUCCUGGCAGAACAAGAUUAAGGUUUACUCUGAAUGAGUGAGCAGAAUACAAUAAUUUUAUAGUCUCUUGUCUAUACUGGUAUUCAUUAUAAUUAAUUUCUAUCACCUCGAGCAUUUUGACAAGUGUAGUCUCUAUGAUUUGUAACUUGAAUAAAACGUACUCUUGUAAUAAUACAAAAUCUGCUAUGUUGCGGACA